AUGGAUAACUCUAAAUGGCUGCUUGGUAAUGGGAGAUUGAUUAAGUUCUGGGAAGAUGCUUGGUGUGGGGAACCUCUGCAUGAAACCCUUAACGUUAAUCAAGACAUAUAUAGAGAAUAUCCUCAGUUUGUUCAUGACUACAUUCAAAACUUCAGAUGGCAUAUACCUCAAACAAUUCUGGUUCAUUACCCUGCGCUGAAGUUGCUUGCUGAGAAAGUUACUAUUCCAAUGGAGGACAAAGAAGACAAACUGAUUUGGAAUCACAACUCUAAUGGAGACUUGAUGAUGCGUGACUCAUAUGCCUUCAAGAACCAACCUGUAAAUACUCAUAACUGGGCCAAACUCAUCUGGAGCAAAGAUAUACCACCAUCAAAAUCCAUCCUUACUUGGAGACUAAUUCAUGAUAAAGUUCCAACAGAUGAAAAACUCCAGCAAAGAGGAUGCCAACUCCCAUCAAUGUGCUCAUUAUGUGGUACUCAUGUCGAAACAUCUUUUCAUCUUUUCUUUGAAUGUUGCUUUGCUUUUAGAAUCUGGUGUUGGUUUGCAUCUGUUCUUGAUUCAUCGCUUCAUUUUCAAUCCAUUCCUGACAUUUGGUCUGUGUGUGACAGAGGGUGGUCCCCUCAAUGUAAAGUAGUGAAUCAGGCCACUAUAGUCAAUAUAAUAUCCACCAUCUGGUAUAAUAGAAACCAACGCAGGUUUCACAAUAGAUCACCUCACUGGCAGCUAGCAAUCAAUAACAUUAUAACUGCUGUGAACCUAUCUGGAAACUACACCAACAAAUCUUCUAAUUCUUCAGUUAGGGACCUCAUCAUAUUAAAGAAAUUCAAUGUUUUGGUUCAUCCCCCAAAACCAACUUGCAUUAAGGAGAUUAUCUAG